AUGGAGCUCCUACUCCUGGGUGAUAGUGAAGGUAGUAGACAUUACGUUCUCAUAAAGGAUGUAAACAGGAUGCUCUUCAGUGUAAGUAAACAUACAAAUAAGAAGCACUUCUGUCUACACUGUCUUCAUAGUUGUGUGAGCAAAGAGGUACUGGAGAAGCAUAAGGAAACAUGUCUGGAGGUAAACGGAACUCAGGCCAUAAAUCUUCCCAAGGAAGGGACAAAAAUCAAGUUCAAAAAUCACAGGAACUCAAUGCCUGUACCGUUUGUGAUAUACGCUGAUUUUGAGUCCAUACUAGUACCAGAGGAGAGAAAAGUGAACUUAGAGAACCCUGAGGAUAAAAGUAGUACAGACCUUUACCAGACACACAAGGCUUGUAGUUUUGGUUUGAAAACAGUCUGCCACUAUGAUGAUAAGUACUCCGGUGAGUAUAAGAGUUACAUUGGAGAGGAUGCUGCAUUGGUCUUCCUAAAGACUGUAUUAAAAGAGUCCUUCAGAUGUAGAGAGAUGGUCAACAAUAUAUUCAAGAAGAUGGUAAUUACACCCAAACAGGAAUUCGAAUUCCAGGCUGCAAGAAACUGUUCAAUAUGUGGUAACGACCUUGGUGAGGAUAGGGUAAGGGACCACGACCAUGUAACAGGAAUGUACCGUGGAGCUGCUCAUAAUAUAUGUAAUCUGAAGUACAGAAUUACAUGGAAAGUACCUGUGGUCUUCCACAACCUGAGAGGUUACGAUAGUCAUCUGAUUAUGCAGGAAAUUGGUAAGUUUAAGAUGAACGUUAAUGUGAUCCCAAAUAAUAUGGAAAAAUACAUCUCAUUCUCACUAGGUAAAAAUCUGGUCUUCAUAGACUCUAUACAGUUUAUGGCUUCUUCACUGGAAGCAUUGGUGAGUAACCUUUCACCUGAGGACUUCAAAAUAGUAGGUAAGAGGUGGAAGGGUGAGGACUUCAACCUAGUAACACAAAAAGGAGUGUUCCCUUAUGAGUUCCUCGAUAAUAUUAGCAAGCUUGAUACUGAAGGUCUACCGAGUAAGGAUAAGUUCUACUCAUCACUGUAUGAGUCAGAGGUGAAGGAAGAAGAUUACCAAAGAGCUCAAAAAGUGUGGGAUCACUUCAAGAUGAAAACCUUGAGAGACUACCACGAUCUCUACUUGGAGACUGACGUUCUUGUACUAGCUGAUGUAUUUGAAAACUUUAGGAGAACAUGUCUGGAAAGUUAUGAACUUGACCCCGCACAUUACAUGUCAGCACCUAGUCUAAGUUGGGACGCUUUUCUAAAACAGUCAAGUGAAGAAAUAGAACUUGUAAGUGAUAUGGAUAUGUUCCAGUUCUUCGAGAAGGGUAUGAGGGGUGGUACAAGUUAUAUUGCUCAUAGACACUCAGCAGCUAAUAAUAAGUACAUGGAGACGUACGAUGAGUCAUCUGAGAACAAGUACUUAAUGUACCUCGAUGCUAAUAAUUUAUAUGGCUGGGCAAUGUCACAACCACUACCUAAUGGAGAGUUCGAGUGGGUUGAGGAAGUUGAUGGUAUGAAUCUAGAGGAUUACUUGGGAGACAACAAAAGGGGAAUGGUUUUGGAGGUCUACAUAACGGUUAUCCUCUAG